AUGACAACUACGCUAUCUACUGAUGUCGAAGCCGGCCACGGCGAGAACGUCGUCCCCACAACGACAUCUACUCCUCCCACGAACCUGAACAUCAGGUCUAUCCUUCAUAAAUGGGGCUUGUAUCCACAGACCGCUGCUACUUCACAACCGACGGAUCCGGUAGACCCCUCGAGUGUCCGAUCCGCAGACUACGUCUAUAGUUACGACAGUGAGCACAAGUACCAGAGCAACCUCGGCUCGUACAGGUCUAACAUGCAUGAAGUCAAUCGGUACCCCGAAGGCUGGGCACGCCUAGCCGCCGAGCAAGAGGGAUUCGAGAACACUGCGAUCCACCGAAAGUUCGGCUAUCUAUUGCAACGAUGUCUUCUAGACUCCCACUACAGACUUGCAGUCUUGGCAAGGAGACUGUUCGAGUUGGACCAUCAAAAGGCUAGUACCAGAGCGCCAGAUGAUCUCACAGAGAACACACCGACCGCAGAAGAUCUAGAGGGCGGUCUAGCUGCCGAGCAAGUCCUGGCGGAACAAGCCUCACUUCUCAGCAAGGAGCAAGACCACAGCCUCCCAGAGAAGAUAUCUCAACUCCUGCAGGAGAUAUGGCCUCUUCUGAACAACCACCACCAGAUGAUGUUCAACGAGAGGACGCUGCGAUCGCUCCACGAAGUACGAGAGCCCGAGUUCUGGAACCGAUGUUACAAGAUUAAAGAUGACGGUUACCUGAACGAGGAAGAAAUGGAGUAUCUGAGUCAUCCGAACGAUUUCGUCAGUACGGCGACGGAUCCGCUAUGGCGGACGAUCACAGGAUGGAUGCACUUGCUGCCGAAGUGGCUUGUGUUGGACAAUAGCACGGAGGAGCAGAAGUUUGCGGCUCCUCUAGUGACGGGACACAUGGAGAUUUUCUGCAAAGGACUUGCCAUACUGGUCUACGCAGUCGUCCUAUUGUUGCCGGUCAUAAUUCUCUACAUCUUCCCAGGCAUCAGCACAGCAGGCGCCGUAUGUCUCCUGACUAGCUUCACCCUCCUGUUCAUGGCUAUGAUGUUUAGUCACCAAGGGGCCACCAUGCUGGUCGUACUCGUGGGGUCUUUAGCUUAUGCUGCCGUCCUCGUCGCGUUUCUGGCCAAUCUUCAAGAGUAA